GGGAUGUGACGCCUCGGGCCGCGGUGCAUUGUGGGCGGGUGUCUGACAGCUCUGCUAGUCUUUCCAGUUCAUGCAGGAACCUGAGCACAGAGUCAGACAGUAGACAUAUUGCUGAGAGAUUCGCAUAGCACAUAAUCAAGAUGUCAAGCAGAGGUGGAAAAAAGAAGACCACCAAGACCUCAAGGUCUGCAAAGGCAGGCGUCAUCUUCCCAGUGGGAAGAAUGCUGCGUUACAUUAAGAAAGGACACCCUAAAUACAGAAUCGGAGUUGGUGCGCCUGUUUAUAUGGCUGCUGUGCUGGAGUAUCUAACUGCUGAAAUACUGGAAUUGGCUGGAAAUGCUGCUAGAGAUAAUAAAAAGGGAAGAGUCACCCCUAGGCACAUUCUGCUUGCAAUAGCCAAUGAUGAAGAACUGAAUCAACUGCUAAAAGGCGUCACAAUAGCAAGUGGUGGUGUAUUACCAAAUAUUCACCCUGAGCUGUUGGCAAAGAAGCGGGGAACCAAAGGAAAACUGGAAGCAAUUAUCACACCACCACCAGCUAAAAAAAACAAAACCACCUCACCAAAGAAGUCAACGGCAAAGAAGCCAGGUGCAAAAAAGGGGGUGAGGAAAUCCAAGAAAAAGCAAGGAGAAGCCAGUAAAGCGGCAAGUGCCGACAGCACAACCGAAGGAACCCCAGCCGAUGGAUUCACAAUCCUUUCUACCAAAAGUCUCUUCCUUGGACAAAAGCUGAACCUUAUUCACAGUGAGAUCAGUAAUUUAGCCGGAUUUGAGGUGGAGGCUGUUAUCAACCCUACCAAUGCUGACAUUGACCUUAAAGACGAUAUAGGCAGUGCUUUAGAGAAGAAAGGAGGGAAAGAGUUCAUGGAAGCUGUCACUGAACUGAAGAAAAAGAAUGGACCUUUAGAUAUAGCUGGAGCCGCAGUGAGCUCGGGUCAUGGAUUACCUGCAAAGUUUGUUAUCCAUUGCAACAGCCCAAGCUGGGGCUCUGAUAAGUGUGAAGAACUGCUGGAAAAGACAGUGAAGAACUGCUUGGCAUUGGCAGAUGAGAAAAAAAUCAAAUCAAUUGCGUUCCCUUCAAUUGGCAGUGGAAGAAAUGGCUUCCCGAAGCAGACCGCCGCGCAGGUUAUCCUGAAAGCGAUUUCCAACUACUUUGUGUCUACAAUGUCCUCUUCAAUCAAGACUGUGUAUUUUGUGCUUUUUGACAGUGAAAGCAUAGGCAUAUACGUUCAGGAAAUGGCAAAGCUAGAUGCCAACUAAGCCUUUGAAUCCAGCAAACCCCCUCCCACUCAACUCCACUCUAAAAAUACUGCAUUUAGCCCUUUUUGCAAGACUACACCAUGGUGUGAAAAUAUGCUCAUUUGGGAGACCAAGGAUUCCACUUGACCUUUUCAAAAAUGUGUUCCUUUGGCACGGAUAGCUGGCAUUACGUUUUUUGAUGCACUAUAUCUGCGGCGUUGUUGUUUUGGAGAUUUUCAUUGUUUUAUUUUACUGAGGUAUGAAGUUAUACAGAUUGUAGUCAGGAGUAUAUUGUAUUUUGUAUGUGGAUGGCACGGAGGAACUAUUUUGUAACUGUGUUGUGGUGCUUUUACUGUAUAGAAUGUGGUGGUCUAUUUUUUGUAUUUUGUAAAGAGAGAUAUUCACAUUGUGUCUGAUAUCUUACAGUCCCUUAUUUAAACACAAAGCUGUCUUUCUGUUUAUUUUAUGGUAGCCUGAUUGAAUCAGCUUUCUAAGUAACCUCAAACGAAUGAAGAAAUGUCCGUAAUUCUGCACCAUUAGCUCAUUAGGGAUAUUUUACAAGCACAAGUAAACUGAAUCUAGGAAGUUAGUGCACUGUUUCAGGACCUAGCACUUAAUGAUGCCAUCUGUUAUUUAAAAAAAGGUAGUAAAACAGACGGUUGUACUUAAGGGGACAUUACCAUGGAAAAAAUAGAUAUUCUGUGCAUUGAAAAUAUCAUGAAUUUGCUAAAUAAAUGUUGUUUAUUCCCUCUU